AUCAUGCGGUGCGAAAUGUAUUGCGAACGGGCAUUUGAAUUGUUCCGUCGCGGAAUUCGCUCGGAGACUUUCGAAUUUUUCACGCGGCGGUGGAUCCUGGUGGAUCGUGUCUGGCACUAAAUCAACGGUUAUCUUCACAGUUCCAUGGUUCAAGGUCCACGGCCCCGUUUAUUCUUGCUGUUCUUCACCGUUUAUCCGGUGGAAAUCCUGUCGACGAUACAGAAAAAUCUGUUGUCAGUGUUGAUUCGGAAUAGAAUGUUCCAUGUGCUGUUCCACUUGACGGCAUGGAAAGUGCUGGACGGGAUUGCCUCGGAGUGUGAUAUGCGUAUAUAACCCCUGCCGGCUGCAAGAUUCAGUUGUAGUUAAUCAAACGGUUCUUCUGCAAACAAUUUUAUACACCCCUUCAAAAUGAGCAGCGUCACCUACGAAGUUUUCCGCGGCUCCGCCGAGGGCAAGAUCGUCCCUGACAAGGUCACCAGCACCCUCGGCCACAACGACGUCUUCAUCGAGACCACCCACUCCGGUCUCUGCGGUACCGAUGAGCACUACCUGAAGACCAACCAGGUUCUCGGCCACGAGGGUAUCGGUAUCAUCAAGGCUGUCGGCGCCGGUGUCAACACCGUCAAGGUCGGCGACCGUGUCGGAUACGGAUACAUCCACAAGAUCUGCGCUACCUGCGACAACUGCGCCACCGGCUGGGACCAGCACUGCCGUGACGUCCAGCAGUAUGGCUUCCACGACUUCGACAACGGCUCGUUCAGCUACGGCACCGUCUGGGACGCCAACUGCGUCUUCCCCAUCCCCGAGAGCCUGAGCUCCAUUGACGCCGCGCCCCUCAUGUGCGCCGGUGCCACCGUCUGGACCGUCCUCACCGAAUACGGCAUGCGCUCGACGGAACGCAUUGGUAUCAUGGGUAUCGGCGGUCUCGGCCACGUCGCCAUCAAGCUCGCCGCCGCGAUGGGUUACAACGUCGUCGUGCUGUCCAGCUCCGAGUCCAAGCGCCAGGAGGCCAUGGAGUUCGGUGCCUCCGAGUACCACGUCUGGCGCUCCGGCGAGGAAGCCCCCAAGGACUUCAAGCCCCUUAAGCACCUGAUGCUGUGCGGCAGCGCCGCCAUCGACUACCCCUCUCUCGUCCCCCUCAUGGACACCCGCGGCUCCAUCUACCCCCUCACCGUGGCCUUCGAGCCCGCUCAGGUCCCCAUGCUCGCUCUUGUGCUGAAGGGCGUCCGCGUGCAGGGCUCCCUGGUUGCUUCUCGCGAGAGCAUCCGCACUCUGCUUGAGUUCGCUGCCCGCAAGAACAUCCUGCCCACGAUCAUGACCUUCCCGUUCACGACGACCGGUAUCGAGGAUGCCAUGCGCACCCUCCGUGAGGGCAAGAUGCGUUACCGUGGUGUGCUCGUCCGCGAGUAA